AUGUUUGCCUCAACGAGUAAUGCUCUAAAACUACACGCAAUUUCAGAUCAAUACCUAGAACCAGUAUGUACGUAUAAACCUAAAAAAGCAGUAAAUACAACUAUAACCAACCUAACCUGGUGUCACGAUAAUUCGUAUAUCUGCAUCCUACAGGAAGAUUCGUUCCCUCAAAUCGUUUCUUCUAAAGAUAGAACUAACAUCGAAUUAAUCCACACCGUACAAGCUCUAAAGAAAGUGACUGCCAUUAAAUUCAAACAACAUACUAAACGAACUAUGGCGCUCGGAAAUUACGAAGGAGAAGCCGUUUUAUACGACACGAAAAACAGAAAUAUUUUAAAGAAAGUAUGUCAACUCAACUCCCCGGUUAGAUUUAUAGAUUUUAAUUGUAACGAUGAAAAUCUAGCGAUAUGUACUGAAGAAUUAGUAGCACUGUUUAGUGACAACGAAGCUAGUAAUAAUUUCGUGAAAACAGCUUGUUUUUUAGAAAACGCUUCGUUUAUAAAAUACCAUCCGACAAUUUCCAACAUUAUAAGUAUCGCUAAUAAUAACGGUUGUUUAACUUUAAAAGACAUCGACCACGAAAAAGAUUUAUUCAAAUAUAAGAACCAUAAUGGCGUCAUUACCGGAAUCAAUUUCACUUGCAACCAAAAAGUAAUUCUAACAACAGGUUUAGAUAAAAAGAUAUGCAUCUACGAUUACGAUAAUGGAGAAUGCGUAUUUCGUAUUAAUAUUAAUCAAGCAAUUACUUCGAGCGAUAUUAGUAUAGAUGACGUAUGCGUUGCGGUAGGAUUAGAAGAUGGCAGCAUAUCCCUUUACGAUAUUAGAGACCCGUUAAAGCCUUUAAUGUGUAGUAGCGCGCAUAGCGGUCCGGUUACGAGGAUAGCUUUCGAGAAAGCGCCUUUAUUUCUUGAAGCCGCGCCACCGGAAAUGUCUGUAACUAAUCUAAGUACCAGCGACGUCGAUGAACAAUCUGAUUUAGUUAAGGUACUUUACGAAGUUGAAUCUGAUCCGAAUGAAAAAUUUAUGCAAGGGAUUAUGAGAAUAAUUAAGAGCAAUACGGAUUAUUUGGAAGCUCAAUUAAACGAUCACUGUAGUAAAUAUCAGAAUUUUGUAAUGAACGAAUUCGAAUCGAUACAAAACGCGAUGAACCGAUGGGACGUUUUCAACGUCGGGGAUCCUACGGAUUUCGGAAAAACGUUGAAUCUUUCCGAUAAUAAAAGUGUUAAGAACGCUUUCGCUAAAUAUUUUUCUGCUAAAUAA